CUUUGAAAGAAAGGUGGGGAAUUGAGAAGAGUAGGAGAGAUAAAGAGUUAGAAGAGACGGUUCGGUUCAGUUCAGUUAACAGCAGAAGAAGAAGAAGUUGUCUGCGCAAGUGACAGUGAGAAAGGAAAUUUAAAGAGAGCGUCAAUGGAGGAGGAGUCAAUGCUCUGUUAGAUUCAGCUAUGGUUCCUUCAUCCAAACUCUCUUCAAUGGUGGACCUUUCAACUCCAUCCAUAACUACCACAGCUCUCUACGUCUUAUGCAAAACACUAUCUCCCACACAUUUCGCAUCAAUUUCUCGCUUCCAUCGUCAUCUAGACUCCAGAAACUGCCUCCGCAGCCGACUCAUUUCUCUUCAGCUCAAACGAGUCUUCAGCAACGGAUUUCACCGAUCUAUACCACUCGCCUCGUUCCCUCCUUGCUCCUCGCAUCCUACUUGCUUUAAUACAGUUCGUUUCAAUUCUAUUCGCCGUUCUGCAGCUUUCAUUUCCACGUCCUCAACUGGCGGAGAUGGCGGAGAGGGAUUUGGAGGCCGUCCUGGUAGUGGAGGCGGUGAUUCUAAAUCAGGCGGGGAAGGUGCGAAGAGUUCUGUUGUUGGAGGGACUGAAGAAGCCUCUACUCUCUCCUCUGAUGUGAUCAUUCUUGACGUGAAGGAUAUGACAUGCGGGGGAUGCGCAGCUAGUGUGAAGAGAAUUUUGGAAAGCCAGCCACAAGUGUCUUCAGCUAGUGUCAAUCUUGCCACAGAAACAGCAAUCGUGUGGCCUAUUUCUGAAGCCAAGGUUGAGCCAAAUUGGCAAAGGCACUUAGGAGAGUCCCUUGCAUCUUAUUUAACUAGUUGUGGCUUUGAGUCUAAUCUUCGAGAUUCAGCAAAAGACAACUUUUUUGAAGUACUUGGAAGGAAAGUGGAUGAAAAGCGUACUCUAUUGAAAGAAAGUGGUCGUGGCCUUGCUGUAUCCUGGGCUCUGUGCGCUGUUUGUCUCUUUGGUCAUUUCUCUCAUGUUUUUGGAGCUAAAGCAGCUUGGAUCCAUGCCUUCCACUCAACAGGAUUUCAUAUGUCCUUAUCAUUGUUUACAUUGCUUGGUCCUGGACGGCAACUUAUUGUUGAUGGACUUAAAAGCCUUAUUAAGGGUGCUCCAAAUAUGAAUACAUUGGUUGGUCUUGGUGCAUUAUCAUCCUUCACAGUCAGCACUCUAGCUGUAUUGGUGCCAAAACUAGGUUGGAAAGCUUUCUUUGACGAGCCAAUUAUGCUGAUAGCAUUUGUUUUACUGGGAAGGAAUCUUGAACAAAGAGCUAAAAUCAAAGCUGCCAGUGACAUGACAAGCCUUCUGACUGUCUUACCAUCUAAAGCUCGUCUUGUGGUCAAAGAUGGCAUAGAAGAAUUGAACUCAACAGUCGAAGUUCCUAGUAACAAUCUUUCACUUGGAGAUGAAAUUGUUAUACUACCUGGAGAUCGGAUUCCAGCUGACGGUAUAGUAAGAGCAGGUAGAAGUGCUGUUGAUGAGUCAAGUUUAACAGGAGAACCUCUCCCUGUAACAAAAUUACCUGGGGCUGAAGUUGCUGCAGGAACUAUAAACUUAAAUGGUGUGCUUACCGUUGAAGUGCGAAGGCCGGGAGGUGAGACUGUCAUUGGUGACAUUAUUCGUUUGGUGGAAGAAGCUCAGAGCAGAGAAGCUCCUGUCCAACGGUUGGCUGACAAGGUGGCAGGACACUUUGCUUAUGGAGUAAUGGCAUUCUCUGCAGCUACAUUUCUAUACUGGAGCAUUUUUGGUGCCAAUAUUCUGCCAGUAGCUCUUCAACAAGGAAGUCCAAUUUCUCUUGCACUGCAGUUAUCUUGCAGUGUUCUGGUGGUGGCUUGUCCCUGUGCACUUGGAUUGGCAACACCAACUGCUGUCCUGGUUGGAACUUCUUUAGGGGCCAAAAAGGGCUUGCUUUUGAGAGGUGGAAACAUCUUAGAGAAAUUUUCCAUGGUGGACACUGUAGUAUUUGACAAAACAGGGACGCUUACAAUUGGAAGACCUGUUGUGACAAAUUUGGUGACUUUUGGAUGUGGAGAGGAUACAGACUCAAGAUGGCCCGAAAUGGAUGUUCUGACAUUGGCUGCCGGAGUUGAAGCAAACACAAUUCAUCCGAUUGGAAAAGCAAUUCUGGAUGCUGCUCGUGCUGCUAACUGUAAGAAUGUGAAGGUGGAAGAAGGAACAUUUCUCGAAGAACCUGGAUCUGGAGCUGUGGCAACUAUUGGAAAUAAAAGGGUAUCUGUUGGGACACUCGAAUGGGUUCAAAGACAUGGAAUCACUCAAAAAGUGGAAGAGGAUAAUAAUCAAUCAGUUGUGUAUGUGGGAAUUGAUGAUGUCUUAGCUGGUCUUAUUUAUGUUGAGGAUCAGAUAAGAGAAGAUGCUACAUUUGUUGUAGAAAAUCUGCAGAAGCAAGGAAUUAGUGUGUAUAUGCUAUCAGGAGACAAACGGAGCACUGCAGAGCAUGUUGCAUCCAGUGUUGGUAUUCCAACAGAACAUGUGAUGUGGGGAGUAAAACCAGCAUCUAAGGAGAAAUUCAUAAGGGAGCUACAGAAGGACGGCAACAUUGUGGCUAUGAUUGGAGAUGGGAUCAAUGAUGCUGCUGCUCUAGCUGCUUCACAUGUCGGAGUUGCUAUGGGUGGAGGUGUUGGAGCUGCUAGUGAGGUGUCCUCUAUUGUUUUGAUGGGCAAUAAACUGUCUCAGGUGGUCGAUGCUCUAGAACUCAGUAAACUGACGAUGAGAACGGUAAGACAAAACCUCUGGUGGGCUUUUACCUACAACUUGGUUGGAAUCCCAAUUGCUGCCGGAGCAUUGCUUCCAACGACGGGAAUAAUGUUGACGCCAUCAAUUGCAGGAGCCCUAAUGGGGUUGAGCUCAAUAGGCGUGAUGGCAAAUUCUUUGCUUUUGAGACUCAAAUUUGCUUCAAAUCAUAAGAUUAAUAAUGCCACCAUUGAUGACUUGCUGAACAUCCAGAUCGAUUCUAACUCGCAAGAUCUUGUUGAUCUUAAAGAUAAAUUUCAGCAACAAACAGGUCGGUAAAUACGAUUAUUAUCAUUAAUCAUUCUUUGGAGAUAUUAAUUAAUUACAAAGGUUAUAAUAAUAUAAAUUAAGAAAGUGAAAUUGAUUCUAUUUGAUUUUGACCAAACUGUUGUCAUUGGAUUAUUACAAGCCUAUAUAUAUAUAUAUAUAUAUAUAUAUAUAUAUAUAUAUAUGUGUUAAUUUUCUA